CACACACUUACGGCAGUCGAGGGCAGUCGAGAGCAGUCGAGAGGCUGCCCGUCGUGCGUGGUGCUGCUUAGUAGCUGGCCGUGUGCUAGAGAGCUUCGCCACUGCUCGUGCUGCUGACUUGUUGGCAGCCGGCGUGAAGGCGCGUUACCCCUCAGUCAAGUGAAGCGAGAGAGCCGCAGCAGUGCGCGAGCGGGAGUUCACGGUGACGGAUCGCGGGUCCGCUCCUCUGCGACGGCAAAAAAAAAAAAAAGAAACCGGAGCGCACUGUUUGGCAGAGAGGGAGAGAAAGAUAAAGACAGAGAAAGUUAGUUAAACGGAGAGAUUCCAAUUGAAAAGGAGAGAGAGAGAGAGAGACUGGUGGUGAAUUGGUCAAUUGGGACUGCUGAAACUCGUGAAAGAGCUGCGUAACGCAAACUCCCUGGCGAAUACAGUACGAGCUAAACUUUCGAAUGCGAGAAAGGGGGGUAGAGGCUUCCGGGUAGGUCCUGCUUAAACGAACGCUCGAAUCACUGAAUUUGCCUGUCCGCUUACGUACUCGGUACCACCGUGCACGAGCGGAGCACAGUUGCUCCAUGCGCCGGUGCACCACCAGCUGCAGCUGCCACCGCCGCUACUACCGCCUUUACGGUGCUACCACUACCGCCGGUGCUAUUGCCGCCGCCACCGUCGCCACCACCGCCGCCGCCGCCGCCGCCGCCGUCGCCGCCGCCGCUGGCAAGACCUCGCAGAGGUGUCCACCUCGUGGCAGCCGACACUUCCUACCGGACGGUGGCAGUGUCCAGGCGCGCUGGACGACGUACGAGCUGUAAUAGUCAGUCAUUCGCCUCUCGACGGAGAAGGUGGAGGAGGAAGAAACGUAUCGAUGGCGCUUGGUGGUGGUUCCUUGCCGCGCGAGCAAGGGUGGUCGUCGAGUUUCGAAUAAAGAACGGCAAAGGGGGGACAGAGACAACGGUUCGAAAGAGAAGACGGGGGUGUUGAAGAAGGGGACGGCGGGAGAAAGAGACAGUUGGAACCCUUCUUUCCUUCCGCGCUCGACGCGUGUCAUCGCUAAUACAUAGCGCGUAUAUACGUUUGGAGGGUUUCUUCCCUCCGACGCGGCGGAUAUAAUACGCGGAUUCCUCGAGGCCUUCACCCUCGGUCGGUGCGUCACGCGUCACGGUACUACGGCACUUCGGAGCGUGUGUCACGUGAAAGGAGCAGCGCGGCGCGUCAGGGUCGUCGUCCUGACGACAAAUCUCCGAGAACGGACUAUCUCGUCAUACCGCAAUCGUCCGCUAUCGGAUUUCUCGCGAGAUUAUCAUCGUCGGCGGGGACACAGUGAUCGGUAACGGACCAGACUCGGCCAGGACCAGAGAGAGAGCUAUAGAGAGAGAGAUAGAGAGAGGGUGUGGAGAGAGAAAGAGAGAGAGAGAGAGAGAGAGAAGGGCUGAAGAAAGUCAGUGGUCAGUUAAUCGGUUGAUCGGUUCGGUUCGGUUCGGUUGGUUGGUGCUACGUGUGCCGGUGGCUAGUGAUAGCUCGGCUCGGACGGCCCAGGUAGCGGUAAUGCCUCGUAGCAGCGAUCGUGUCGCCAGGUCGCACGGUGUCGCAGGCAGGGUGAGGGACUGGGCCGCCGAAGGUAGUACUGGCGCGGGUGUAGUUGCGGGCACCGCGGGCAGGAUACGUUGACGAGCGCAGCCGACCCCGGUGGCACGUUGCUGGCCACCGUCGUCGUCGCUGCUCCCGCAGGCCAUGUAUCGAGGCGAGCCGGCGAUCGACCGUGCCGGUAGCGGCGGCGGCGGCAACCGCAGUGCCGGCGACCCGCGCCGAGCGAGAUCGCCGCGUCGACGUCGCGCAUCGGCGGCCGCCGACCUGCUCGAGGACGCCGACGGCGAGGAAGAACCCUACGGGGAAGAGGAGGAGGAGGAGGAAGAGGAGGAGGAGGAGGAUGAAGAGGAGGAGGAAGAGGCCUACGUCGUUCUCGAUGUGCUACCCCGACGAUCCACGUAUGGCGACUCCACGACGGCGAGGGUGUGCUGCAACGACAACUCCUGCUGCUGUCGCGCCGCCCAGAAGAGGCCAGGUAGAAGACGGCGCGGCUCGGGAAAUGCGCUCAGGAUACUUUACGUCGCUGCCGCCGCUGCCUUCCUCGCGCUUGCCGUCUCACCAGUGUCUGGAACGACGAAUACGAAAGAGGAAGAGACGGCGAUAACUUCGGCCACAGAAGGACCUACCGUAGUCCUCGGCGCGAGAACAAGGGCAGGAAAUGAUCCUGGAGGAGGUAUAGAUCUAUUAGCAGCCCUGCAACUUUACAAUACUACUCGAGAGGGCGUUACGCAGGUGCCGGGUCUGGUUAGACUGAGACCAGCCUAUUAUCUUCAGGGCGAGGAGAGGGAGCUCCGACUGAACGAGGAGAACUUCGAACGGGCGGCCGCGCUACUCCGGCGGGUUCCGGAAUUCACUAUAGCCGCCACGCUGCGCCAGGAGGAGACCAAUUCCGGGACGAUCGUCGCCUUUGCACACGGGAACAAUAGGUACUUGGAGCUGCAGAGCAGCGGACGCAAGGACGAGCUUCGACUUCAUUACGUAUCACGCCGCGACGGAAUCGUACACGUCGAGGCGUUUCCUUUCCGACUGGCCGAUGGCGCCUGGCACAGGGUCGCCCUGAGCAUAAGCGGCUCGCAGGUCGAGCUGCUAAUCGACUGUCACCCCUUGUACAGGCGACUGCUGAGACCUGGUCCACCCGACACUAACUUCACCCUGCCGCAGCUCCAGCUCUGGGUAGGACAGAGAAACGUCAGGCACUUUCUUUUCAAGGGUGCUUUGCAGGACGUCAAGUUAAUAGCAGGACCUCACGGUUAUCUUUCUCAGUGUCCUCAACUCGACUCAUCCUGCCCCACAUGCGGUCAAUUUUCGAUAUUACAGAAUACCGUAGAACAACUAAUGCACAAUCUCAAUGAGUUGACUCGUAGGCUAGCCGCUGCAGAGGGCAGGAUAAGCAAAGUAGAGGAGUGCGAGUGCCAAAAGUCCUGUAGGGUGAACGGUACUGUCCAUGAGGACGGUAAGACCUGGGAGAAGGGUUGUGAAUAUUGUUCCUGCGUCCACGGCGAGAUCGAGUGCAGGCCGAUGCCCUGUACUCCGGUCACUUGCAAGAAUCCUGUCAUUCCAGAGGGAAAAUGUUGCCCGACUUGUCUCAGACAAUGUUUCUUGCACGGCAUAAUUUACGAUCACGGCGAGAGGGUCUCGCCGAAGCAGUGCGUCGAGUGCAACUGCUACGACGGUAGCUUUACCUGUCAGAAAAUCGACAUUGACACCAAAUGCCCGCCUCUGCCGUGUCCACCCAGCGAGCAGAUCAGCGUGGCGGAGGAAUGCUGCAAGUUUUGCCCAGGGGUGGACUACUGCGGGUUGGGCCACACGUGUCACACUAACGCGACCUGCCUGAAUCUCCAGACGACCUUCGCCUGCAGUUGCCAUAGCGGUUUCGAAGGGGAUGGUCGUAUCUGUCACGACGUGGACGAAUGCAAGCAGGCAGAUGGAUCGAACUACUGCAACGCGAACACGAAAUGCGUCAACGUGAUCGGCUCUUACACGUGCGAGUGUCUUCCGGGUUACUAUAGAAUAGACGCGUUCAACUGUGCCGAGCUGGACGAGUGCGCGACUGGUCAGCACUUGUGUGACGAGCACGCCACAUGUGUGAACACUAAUGGUAGCUACUACUGUAUCUGCAAGGACGGCUAUACCGGCGACGGCUUCACGUGCAAACCUAUGUGCAAUCAGACUUGCCAGAAUGGUGGCGAAUGCGUGGCACCUGGAAGGUGCUCUUGUCGACGCGGUUACAUCGGCAACAGUUGCGAACUUGACCUGGACGAAUGUGCCAGCGAUCUGCAUCGGUGUCAUCAAUCGUCCACGUGUUUCAACAUGCCCGGGUGGUAUUACUGCCGGUGCAAGCCUGGCUACAGGAGUGCCCUGCACGACAGCACUCAGGGCACGCAAUGCGUUGACAUCGACGAGUGCAACGAUCUAACGACUGAGGGAAGGCAUACGUGCCAUCCUACCGCGAAAUGCGUCAAUACCGUGGGCGGAUACGAGUGCGUGUGCCCGCCGGCGAAGGACCUGGAAGAAUCUGAAAAAGAAUGCAGACUCAGUUGCUGGUUCGAAAAUCGUGAGGUUAACAACGGCGAGACUUUGGCGCCGUCCGGAAAUCCUUGCAGGAGAUGCACGUGCCAAGACGGCGUGGUCACCUGCAAGGAUCCCGUAUGUGACUGCAGCGCACCGGGAAGCCACAGGGACAAGUGUUGCCCGCAAUGUAAUCCCGCCGCGUCCUGCAGGCAUCAGGAGCUCCAUCAUCUAGUCUUCAGAAGCGGAGAACGUUGGAUAUACCAGUGUCAGACUUGCGAGUGCCUGUACGGCGAAAUAGACUGCUGGCAGAUGGAGUGUCCACCGGUAACCUGCUCGAAUCCCGUGACCGAGGAGGGCGAUUGUUGUCCGCGCUGCGAGGACGAUCCCUGCGCUCGUGAGGUGCCGGUGAACGGCACCUCGUUGACGGUUCCUAGUCGACCCCGGCCGUGCAGCUAUGCCGGCAUCAUCCACGACAGCGGCAGCUCCUGGCAGGACCCCCACGACAAGUGCACCACGUGCGAGUGCAAGGUGCCGUACUGCGCCCAAUUGGUGAGCAAUAGCGCGUGUUGUGUGCAUCGGACGGGCAGCUUUGCUGCAGCUACGAUUACGGCUGCGGUGGCGAUCUGGGCAACGACAAGCAGCAACGUUCUCCAGUCGCUGUUCCUGAGUCUCUCAUACGCUAUCCACCAGACCCUGCGGUCCAGUCGCUGGUCAACGAUGCACCGGAAGCAGCUCUACCAGCGGUCACCGGCACACCCGGCACCACACGCACCAUCACCACCUCCGCUGUCAUCACCUCCGUCGCGAGCACCACCUCCCCCGACUCGUCGCCCUCGCACUACUCGUCAUCCUCCAGCAUCAGCAAUGACAACCCCCACGAUCUCAAGCAAGAUCACGCAACGGGCUCGCGCAUCUCGCCCAUGUCGCGAGUCCAGCAAAGAAACGUGGCCCCUCAUACCACCAGAUCGCAGCAACAGCAAGCGUCGUCGACCACGAGGCACCAACAGUCCGUCGGAGGUUCGAUGUUGUCGACGGCAUCAGAACGGUACGCGACACCAUCGACGACGACGACGACGACGACGACAACGACGACGACGACGACGACGAGAAUGCCGUCCGCAACAUCCAUCGACAACAGAUCGACAUCGUUACGGCGUGGCCAGUCGUCGAAUGCUGUCAAUCGUCGCGGCGGUGCCGCCAUCGCCUUUUCCUCUUCCUCGUCGGCGUCGUCGUCGCCGAGCAGCAGGAAGUCCAUCGUCCUCGACAGCGCCACUUGAGGGCCGUGGAUCUAGAGGAAGAUAGAAAAGAACGAACCCGACACACUUGGCAAAGGCAUUCCAGAGGGGAAACCCGAGAGGUCUCCCAUAAUAGUCGUCUGACGCGCGUUGCCCGUCUUAUAUCGUCGGCAGAAAAGGAAGAAAUGAGACCAACAGUUUGCAAAGAGGAAGAAGAGGGAUCGGCGGUACGCGGCCGAUCGGUCACGAACGAUCGGCAUCGCCGUGCCGCGUUGCCACGAGGAAGAUUCGUUCCAUCUUCUGGAGCCUGUUUCCGGAAUCUAUGUCUGGCAAUUCCGAAGAAUUAACGAUCAACGUCGUCGAAGGUUAGCCUCGUUAAAAAGAGCUAGAAUUGACAUUAGAUCUUGUCACCGAUCUUGGCCCUAGUCCCGCUAGGCUCAAAGUCUUCUAAACGCUAAAAAUUCGAGAUCGCCGAUACCCUCAAGCUCGUGUCGUUUGCGAUCGAGUCGUUCACAGAUCACGUAGUCGCUAUUGACAUCCGGAUCUAGAGCAGCCACGGGCCGGGCUUGUGGCUGAAAGCGCGUUAUAUACGCGUCCAGGACGUUCGCUUUUCCGCUUGAAUCGCUCGCUCGAGCUGCGGUGAUCUUUUCUCGCCUUUGCUCACCGGAUGAGUGUCGGGGUGCGGCGCUAACUGUUUCUCGAGAGAUAAUCGGUACGGAAGUGACUUUUAAACUCAACAUCAAGAGUUUGCGCACAAUGGUCAGCUUGCAAAAUACUGAAUAUAAUAGAUACAAUAGAUGCGGUUCAACCGAAUCAAAGGUGCAGGUUAAAAUUGAUUUUAUUUUUAAAUUUUCGCUGACAAAGAAAACAACAAUGUUGCCCGGAUACGUUGAUUCCUUAAAAAAACUUGUUUACGCUCUUAGAGUACAUUACGUAUGUAUAAAAAAAGAACUUUGUAUCGAUACGAAUUAGAAUGAAUAAGAUAUGUAGAUAAGGAAUACACACGUCAAAGAGUUGAAGGCUAUUUUUUGUGAAUCUCAUGAGGUGUGUCACGUGUAACAUGCAAUUCAAAAACACACGGAAUUUGCUUAUAAACAAUUUUUGUUUCCCUUGCAUGACUGUUGCUCUGCAAAUGUAACAACUGCAAUUGUUAUUUAGGGGAAACCACUACAACCAUAUUGAUAUUGCUAAAAGAAGUAUUGCAUAUUUUGCAAUUCACAUAAUUACGAUUAGAUCGUACCAAGCGUAAACAAAAUGUGCCGUCGCGUAUUUUUACGUAAUCAGCAAAAUUGCAACAAAGGCGCAAUACAUAAACAUAACGGUACGAGUAUCAAGUAGUAUUGUCAUAAAUAAUUGCGUGUAGCCAGAAGAUUUUUGAAAAUAUUCCAAGCAGAAAAGUCUCGAAGCCACGAAUUGAUAGAUUCGCAGUAAUUAUUUGACGAUGUUGACCUUCAGCACCGAUUGUCGAUCGAAGCUGUGUCGCGCGUCCUCCGUGGAUCGAGCAUGAUCCGAGCGAACCGAGGGCGCAGAUUCACUUUCGCAGAAGAAGCUCCUUUCGCGAACAAGUAGCGCACAAUAUUUGGGCCUUAUAAAGUAAAUUGUUGAUGUUCCGCUAAAUACCACAUAAACACUUGUAUGUAUGUAUGUACGACGGCAAAGCAGGGGCGAUAUAUAUGUUUGUCGUAAGGAAUUGAUCCCUGACGGAGGGGAGAAAACACACACACACACACACACACACACACACACACACACACACACACACACACAGAGUGAUGUAUAUUAUAUGUAUAUAUUAUACACACAUUAUACACACAUAUAUAUAUAUAUAAUAUACAUAUAUAAAGAGAAGUAAAAAACGUAUGUAUUAUAUUAUACCGUGUACUAUAUGAGUAAUUCCUGCGCAUCCAUCGAUAUAUCCAAACGCACCGACUGUCAAUCGUCAACGUCGAUGACAACGCGGGUGGCUCUCUAUUACGCUAUAGAAAUAUCCACUAUGGAGGAUCAUAUCUCGUGACAAUAUAAGCGAUAUGAGGCCCCGGUACAUAUACAAUCAACGUAGCGUGCGUAUCCGGCGAUAAAAAUAGUUACGCUUGUGUGAGAGAGUACGUUUAAGGGUAAUAGGGUAGACGCGAUCCUUAAACCCGAAGAGAAUUCAGUCUAUCUUCUAAGGAUUCGGCUCGAUCCGAUUUCCACGUUAUCCUUAGUCAUCCUGCAGAAGACGGACUUAUGCUCGAUUCACGGCUCUCGAAUGAGAUGUCGGAAUACGUCACCGAGAGAGAGAAAAAAAAAAGAAUGGCUUUGCAACUCACAGUGUGACAAUAGAGAGAUUUCUAACGUUGUGGCAAUUGUUCACAAUUCAGGUACCAAAUGAAGAGUGUAAUAGAUGUAACAAUUAAACGACAAUAGUUCGGUUCUUAUGUCACAAUUAUAAGAUAGUUGUUUCCGCGGAAUGCAAAUAAUGUCAAUUGAAAGAGUGAAUUUUGUAGAUGUAUUGCAUACUGUGUAGUUAAAAAACCAUCAUGCCAAAGAAGAUCCGUUCUUGCGGUCUUUCCUGCCCUCAGACGAGGUAAAAAUCAAGUAUGUCCGACGUUCCCGGAACGAGUGGAAGGCUAAGCCAGACUUUUCCUACAUGCACUCUGCAACCCAUGAAAUACUCGGAGGGUCAAUGGAUUUUAACCUCUUGUCUGCGCUGGACAAUUGAGCUCUCUCUCGGUGCUAAGUUCCGCAGAAAGACUGCCGUUCUUCAGCAUUUCGCCCGUUCGCAAAGUGUGCAUUUGUAAUAGAGUUGGUUCUUGCAGAGUUAAACGUAAGGUAAUUUUCGUAGCAAGACGCGCGUGCGUGAAUUGAAUUCACAAUAUAUAGAUAUACGAUAAAUAUAUCCAGGUAACAAGCUGUGAUGUUAUUUGUCGUCAAAAUAAAUCGACAAAUAACGUUAGCUUGCUAUCUAGGUAUUUCCCUGGAAAAAAAAAACUUAAUUUGUUAUCGCUAUUUAUUUAAUAUAACAAGUUAAUGAUAAUUAUAAAAAAGCAUCGAGUCUCUGAAAAUCAGUCAUUUGCGUUCUCUUCUUUCUUUCAGCAACUCGUCAUUGAUAUGUUACCGACUGCCGCAUCAUUUUACGCAUUCACAGAUGUCAAAGCAAUCAAAAAAUCCGUCAAAGCCCUAAACACGGACAUCCACGGCUCACAUCAACGCGUAAACGCGAAACUGGUUGUUGGCGUCGUCGUAGACAUUAUCUAAUAAACAUUCGGAAUUAUCACACGAUUUGAGCAUAGCGCCGAUUAAUAAAUUAAUCAGACCAGAAGUUAAGCAUUUGCAACUCGCCUACGAGCAAUAGCCUAAGCGAUGUUAAUUAUAAUCGAAAUAAUUUAGAACGCGGGAAACAGGCGAGGACUUAGCCCAUCUAAUUUUAGGGAUUACGUCUUAACCGCGAUGAAGAAGGGCCUAGCUAAACAUAAUCAUUCAAACUCCGAGCGACGCACGGGAAAAAUCGUAGACUUUUUCGCCGUGCCAAUUAUAUAAUGUCUCCCGUUACUAUCGGUUAGAUACUGGCGAUGAACGUGCCAGCUGACUCGAACGAUUCUUUAUCUCGCUCAAUCCAACCAUGACCACUACGACUACAUUCCUCCUUGACUAACAAUAAAUAGGCACUAAUGAGAGAAACAUAAAUAAAUAAAUAAAUAAAUAAAUAAAUAAAUAAAUAAAUGAAUAUACAUACGAAGUAUGUUACUCUGUUACUUGCAUCGUUUCUUUCGUCCGCGAAUCCUUUGGCUCCAACUUAAAACGGCUUCUAUAGUUUUUACUAAUUACAUUUCUAAUUAAAAUAUUAUUAAAUAAUAUCAAUAUAACAGAAUAUUCAUAAUAUUACAAACAAAUUUUUUUCGUUUUAAUUAUUGUAAUUUGAAAACAAAAUUUAUCAAAGAUUCGCUGAAAGAAAAUGUAAUAGAGAAGAGCAGGGCAUCCUACAUAUAUAUAUUCAUAUUAUUGUGUAUAAAUACUAUAAAUACAUAUGAAACACACACGGAAACACGUACGAAUGUACACACAGGUGCACGUGUGUGGACGCAACGGAGAGAACGACAGGGACGAGGGAGUUAAUUCGUAAUUAAGCAGGACUUAAUAAAUCUCCAGGCUGAUAUUAGCGUUCAUGAAAAAGAGAAAAAGAAAUCUCGCAAUAUCUGAGGACUAAAUGGUAAUUGUUCGUUCAAUGUGCAAUAAUUUAAUAAUAACACCGCUAACUUGUAAUCGACUAAUUGAGCGAUGCUACUAUGCUAUGUCGUGAUCGAACGGACAAUUAUGAGUGAAAAGAAGAAAAGAAAAAAAAACAUGAAAGAUCGGAAAAUGCGUUGACAUUAUUUCUCCGGCUCGAAUUUGUCAGCUCUGUGAUGAAAUAACUAUACAGUAUCUACCUAAAGAGUUUAAAAAAUAUAGAGAAGCGCUAAAUCAAAUGUCUAUCAGCUACAAUACAACAACAUACGACAAUACGAAACCAUAUUGACAGUAUAUUUAGAAGAUUAAAAAAUGCUGCCAAUUUGGAAUAUUUAUCCUUGCCAUAAAAGAUAGAAUGUUGUACUAUCAGUACGGAUUUUAAUUGGUUAAAUACAUUUUAAAUCAAUAAAUCAAGUUUAUUUCACAGAAGUUUAAUAUAAGGGACCAUCACUUGUCACAAGCUUUUAUUUCUUAACAGUUAAUAAUUUGAUAACUAAAUAGGAUUUUUGUAUGAGUAAAAAAUAAAGUAAACUUUUAUCUAUUUACUUGGAAUAUUAAAUCAUUGUUAAUUUAAUAUUUUUGUUCAUUAAAAAUUUUUAUAAUUUUUUAUACAGGAGAUAAUACAAUAUUUAAUUUUUUUAUCUUUUGUUAUAUAACAUAUUGUUAAGUAUAUACCAAGAGUUUUGCAAUCUCUGUAUAAUUUUUAUGACGUGCGAGACUACCCCAAAAUUCAUUGGAGCAAAUAGUUAAAAACCGAAAACUUAAAAUAUUAUUCUACAGAUGUAACAAAUUUAACUGACUUCGAUUUGGUUCUUUAAAUUUCUUAUUACUAAUUACUUUUUAACUUCUAGCAUUACCUGAUUUGAUAAUAUUCUUGUUUAUCUUCUGCACUUUUUUUGUACUCUAAGCCAUCUAGUUCGCCAAUCUUUUACUGUCGUUCUAGUUGAUUUAUUCAGUCAAUCAAUCAGCUACUUACCUUUAAAACAAAAACAUACAUAUGACAAAAUAAUUAACAAUAAAUCAACUUAACAUUUAAAUUAUCUUUAAAAAAGACGCGUUACUUUGCAUCUUAUUAUUUUACAUUUGUAUUAUAACCAUUUUCGUAAUUUACUGUUAAAAAAUUUACGAAAAUAUUUGUGAUUUCUGAAAAAAUAGAAAGAUGAAAGAAAUGGAAAAGAAACUAAAUGCGGUUAUAUUACGAUUGGACAAAACGAGGAGAAAUUCGAGCUGAGAGAAUAUAAGUGACAAGCAACAAACAAAGCAUACAUAUAUAGGUACACAUAGACAUGGAACCUAGAGAUGACCCUUGAAAACUAGAGAUGACCCAUUGUGUCCCAAAAUCAAAUUCUUUCAGAAUUGAAAGUUAACAAAAAAACUAAUAGAUUUGUCAGCAGAAUAAGAUAGUCAUUUAUUGCUCUUUUCAAACUCCCGUAUGAGGUUUUGUGACCUGUUUAUUCAAAUUGUUUUAAAACAAAUUAUCAAUUAUCUGCAUUAAGAUUGUCCUGAUGAAACGAACAAUAAAAAAAAAAAAA